AUGGCUGCAACGUCUGUUUCAAGAAGGGUUGUCAACAAAGUUCUUGCGAUUGAGCAAGAGGAGGGUGCUGGUGCACGAGUUCGAAGGUCUAUAGGCUCUGCGAAUCUUAGAAACUUGACACCUUUCCUGAUGCUUGACCAUUUCCAUGUGUCUAAGGGUGCAGGUUUCCCAGAUCAUCCUCACCGUGGUCAAGCAACUGUGACUUACAUGCUUGAGGGUUCGAGUCAGCAUGAGGAUUCAGCUGGACAUAAGGGAACUAUUGUUGCUGGUGGUGUACAAUGGAUGUGCGCUGGGAAAGGAAUUAUCCAUGCUGAGAUGCCAGUCCACGCUCGUGGGGAACCUGAGCCGCGCGGUCUCCAACUAUGGGUAGACCUACCAAAAGAAUUUAAGAUGGUAGACCCUUCAUACCAGGAGCUCGGUCCUGAGGGAAUUCCGACUUCCUAUCCGGAAGGACCUGAUGGAGGAGUUGAGAUCAAAGUCAUAAGCGGGAAGAGCUUCGGCGUCGAAUCUCCUGUACGACCACUUGGCGGAUGCUGGUUCUUCCACGUGAAGUUUAAGGAUGCGCAGAAGACGAUUUUCCAUGAGCUUCCCGCUGGCUGGACGACUUUCUUCUACAUCCUGAAAGGUUCUGUGAAAGUCGGAGAAUCGCAGGACCUGCCAGUCGAGGCGUUCCACACAGUCGUGCUAUCGCAGGCUCAAAACGAAACAGGCGUCCAGCUAACUGCUGUUGAGGACAACACUGAGCUCAUUCUUGUAUCUGGUGAACCAUUGGAUCAAACCGUUGUUCAGUAUGGACCUUUCGUCAUGACGUCCCGUGAGGAAAUCGCAGAUACGAUUCGAGAUUAUCAACUCGCAAAAAAUGGAUUUGAGAAAACGCAUUCGUGGAAGAGCGAGAUUGGUGGUCUUGCCUAA